AUGAAAGAUGUCCGAAACUUUGCGAAUUCCCAACUGAGCUCCAACCCCUUCCAGUACGACACGUCCAUCCAAGGCCGAGCCAACGAGGAAGGCCGAGAUGUUGCCAAUUACAACAAUAACAACGGGAACAACCAGAACAGGGGCGUCUUCCCGCUGUAUUUGGAGAACCCAGAAAGGCCAUUUUAUUUGUCUCGGAGUCAGGGAGGGUCGAACACCGGGGAGAAUCAAGGGAGCCAGGGCAGUGGGAGACAACUCUCCUUCGGAUUUAACCCCUUUCAGAAUCCCCUUCAGAAUCCCCUUCAGAAUCCCCUUCAGAAUCCCCUUCAAAAUCCCCUCCAGAAUCCCCUUCAGAAUCCCCUUCAAACUUCCUUUUUCAGUCCCAGUCCCGGUCUUGGAUAUCCUUUGACAGGUCCAGAUAAUUCUGGCCUUUUUCGCACUAAUCUCGGGAAUCCUCGAAUUUCCCUCGGCUUCCUGGGCGGCAACGCAUUGCAACCGAACUUGUACACAAACCCAUACUCCCCGGUCAGUUCCUUCGGUUUAAAUAACAUAAAUCCGGGCCAAGCACCGAGUUCCGCCUACCCCAGCUUCAGCAACUACCCGUACGGGAUCAACCCUGGCUUCUAUGGGACUCCGUUCGGCGGCAUGAACCGAUUCAUUAAUCCUAAUCCCUUCGCUUUGUAUCCCAACCUGAAUUCUUACGCUUUUCCGGGGAUCGUCGGCGGUCUGGCUCAACAGCAACUCGGUUUGCCUGUUGCCGCUACAGCAUUGGCGCCUCCAUUCGCUGCAGUCAGGGUGACUGCGGCCAACAGCGGCUUCCGCGACGUCUGCGGGGUCCUCACGUUCCAACCGUCGGCGUUAGGCGAUAACGUCAUCGUCACCGGGAAUCUCUAUAACCUGCUACCGGGAAAAUCCCACGGCAUCACGGUGAGGAGGAACGACGACAAGAGCAACGCCUGCAUGAACGUGGGAAUCAUCUUCAACCGCAAAAACGUGAGCCAGGGCGGAUACGUCGGAGACGCGGCUGCGAACGCAGCCGGGGAGGCCCACUUCACUUAUACCGUCCCGAUAGAUCGAAUCCCUUUGAGCGGACAGGACACCAUCCUUGGGAAAUCCAUCAUGAUCAGCAAUAUGCCUGGAGAGAAGGGGAGUCCUAUGGCAUGCGGGGAAAUCACCAUCCUCCCUCUGGCAUCCUCAUUCACAUGCCCCGUCUAA